CAAUCUCAACUCGGCCCCUUCGAAUUUCGUCAAUUUUCCAGAGAAAUCGAUUUACGACGACGCGCCUCCGUUGUCUGUGAAGAGCUCAAUCUCUCUCCUCUCUGUCUCUCUCAACCACGCUCCCCACCCCCGGCGGAGGCUCAGCUCCGUGGACCUCGGAGCAUCGUCAUGGCUCGGGCUCCGAGCAAACACGGUCGCGAUCAAGCUCUGGAUUUCCAGGGAUUUUUGAAUGGCUUGCAGGAUUGGGAGCUCUCACUCAAAGACAAGGACAAGAAAAUAAGACCGGACAAGGAAUCACCGUCAUCGACGAGAGGAUAUCCUAGUGUGGAUAAAAAAUCAGGCAUCAAUCUUGGUGGUAGCGCAAGGAGUCUGGGAGGUAGAUUCUCAAUGGAAGAGUCCAUUCCAGAUGCUGCUUCAGAAAAGGAACUAGGUAAUGAGUUCUUCAAGCAAAAGAAAUUUAAUGAAGCUAUUGAUUGCUAUUCAAGAAGCAUUGCCUUUUCACCUACUGCAGUAGCUUAUGCAAACAGGGCGAUGGCAUAUCUCAAGAUCAGAAGGUUCAAAGAGGCUGAGGAGGACUGCACAGAGGCCUUAAAUUUAGAUGAUCGAUACAUAAAAGCAUACUCACGCCGAGCAACAGCAAGGAAAGAACUUGCAAAAUAUAAAGAAUCACUUGAGGAUGCCGAGUUUGCUCUUCGGUUAGAGCCACAGAAUGAAGAAAUCAAGAAACAGUAUUCGGAUGCAAAAUCUUUGAAUGAGAAAGAGAUUCUAAAGAAAGCAACUGGGGCAUUGAGAAGCUCUAUUCAACGUCCUCAGAAAUCGGUAAUAUCAGAAAAUGGACGGCGCAUCCAGUCAUCCUCUGCCAGCGACCAGCAGACUGAAGCAGCUGCAGUUCAAGGUCAUAGCAAGCAAAAUGGGCCAGUGUCGUUGAAGCCUUCCGUCCACAUUGAGGAAAUAAAAAGGAAAAGCAUUGGAGCUAGAAGUGAAGAUGACUCCAAGAAGACUUUUAAGGAUGUCGAUGGUUCUGUUGUGGAGAAAUCUAAGGGACAUGAGGCGAAAAAAAUCACAACAGAAUUUGGAAAGCAGGAGCUGAAGGUAUCAGUGCAAGAUCUUGCAACUCGAGCAGCUUCUCGAGCUAUGUCUGAAGCCGCUAAAAAAAUCACCCCACCAAAUUCAGCCUAUCAGUUUGAGGUUUCUUGGCGAGGAUUCUCUGGCGAUCGUUCUCUACAAGCUCAUCUGUUAAAGGUUACUUCUCCAGGUUCUUUGCCACAGAUAUUCAAAAAUGCACUCUCUGCUCCUUUACUGGUUGAUAUCAUCAAGUGUAUAUCCACAUUUUUCAUUGAGGACAUAGAUUUGGCUGUUAAUUACUUGGAUAAUUUGACAAAGGUCCCAAGAUUCGAUAUGAUAGUCAUGUGUCUUUCUUCUGAAGAUAAAGCUGAUCUUCUCAGACUGUGGAAGGAAGUAUUCUGUAGUGAGGCUACUCCAAUUGAGCAUGCAGAGACUCUCGAUAAUCUCCGCGCCAAAUACUGCCUUAAGCAGUGAGAUAUAUGACAGACAUUUCGGGGCUGAUAAGUUUUUCCCUUUUGUAAUCUCUAUGUGCAUUUGUGCAUCUCUAUGAGCAAUGGGUAAAGCUAGUGUCUCCUUUGUUUUGUUAUUCACCACCCAUAAAGCUUCAGAAGAUCGAUGUAAGUGCGAGAUUUAACGUGUAAAAAAGGUACCUUUUCUGCUAUACCGUGUAAGGAUGAUCGUAGCAUAUGGAUCAUAUUGUUCCGCAUGAAUUUCAGCAGUCACUUGGAAACGCCA